GCGUCUUACUGAUUGAAUGAAAGGGAUGGACUUCCCUGUGGAUCUCCUGGAUAACUACAAUCAUGAAGAUCUGGAGAGAUCUGGAGAGGAUUGUCUAUCUGAACUUAGAUGUGGAGAUCCAGAAAAUCCAGAAUAUUUCUCUCUUGUUGAUAAUAUCAAGGUUCCAAUUUGUUUGUCAACCGUAGGGUUCAUCCCCCUUUAUGGUGGAGAAGAAAGACACAAAGUUCUUGCUUUAUUUGCACCUGAGGACUCACUUGCAGCUGUUGCCUUGUUUCUGGCUGAUCAGUGGUGGACUAUUGAUGAUAUUUUGAGAACAUCAUCUCCUUCUAGAGAAGGACUUCUACGGGUGAAAUCAAUUGGGGAAAGAGUGGUUCUUUAUGUGCUCAACAGAAUAAUUUAUCGUAAACAAGAAAUUGAGAAAAAUGAGGUCCCAUUUCUUUGCCAUGGUAGCCAUGAUUAUGCAAAAAUUCUGUGGAAGAAAGGAAUGGCUAUUGGUUUUUAUUCUAUUAAACUGCCAGGGAGCAUAUGUAGUGCCUUUGUUACUCAGAGCUACCAGCUUCCUGUUCUGGACACAAUGUUUGUGAGGAAGAAGCAUAAGGGUAAAGAUUUUGGGCUUCUGAUGCUGGAAGAUUUUGUGGAUUCUUUCACAGAAGAUGCCCUUGGUUUACGUUUCCCUCUGACAUCUUUCAUGCAUACUGCUUGCCAGAAGUACUUUGAAAGGUAUCCAGGGGAUCGUGACCUUCUGUGGGAAGUUGAAGGCAUAGGCCACUGGCACCAGCGAACACCUGUAGCUAGCGUUUUGCAGAGAGAAAGUUUAAAACUCAAAGAAGCCUUGCAAAUAGAAGCUAGCACUUCCCAGAAUGAGGAGCAGCUUCUGUACCCUUCCACAGAUAACAGCCCAUCGCAUGAACAGGCAGUUGACCCCGGUGAAACACACUUGAGUGUUGAUGUCCAUAAAAAUAAAGAUGGCUUUGAUGUAUAUGAAGGUACCUCUGAAGAACUUACUGCUUUACCAAUUCCUACUCGAUCACGAAGCAAUCAUCUGAAACAUCCAAAGUUGGGGAAAAGAAUUCAAGAACCUGGAAUUUCUGAAACUGAAGAUGUAAAUUCUUCUCAAUCAUUGGGAAACAGAUUGGAUCCUAUUAUUCAUGUAUCUGAACAUUCAGAAGAAUUGAUAGAUGAGAUGGAAGAAAAACUGAUGGACAGUGAGCAGAAAAAGCUACUGGAGAAUUCAAAACAGUCAGUCCAAGAAACAGUCCAGCAGUAUAUUCCACCAGAGAAGCAAGAUGAUAAAGAGGAAACAGAUAUAGAGCCAAUCAAUGGAGAGAUAAUGGAAAAUGCUAUCAAGGUAUCAAUAGUGACUGAAGGAUCAACAACAAAUGAAGUUCUGGAUGGAGAGUCAAAGUUACAACCAGACAGUUCAGAAGAAACAACUUUAACUUUACUUGUACCGUUAAUCCUUGAUUCUUCAGGAAAAUCCACUGAAGAUAGUGAUGACAAUGUUUCAGAUAAGGUUGAGAAUUUGGCAGAUUCUGAGGUGGCAAUAGAAGAGGAGCAUGUUACACAAAGGAAAAGAGCAAAUGCUGAUCCUGUUUCAGCAGCAGAAAAAGAAUCUUCUAAUAAUGGUAUUUCAAACUCGGUAGCAGGUGAAGCUCCAGAAGAUGCCAUUUCUGAAAAUGUCUCUCCCAACACAACCUCUUCCUUGGAAGAGCAAAGCGAAGAGGGUGGAUCUGACUCACCAGAAGCCCCCAUUGCUCUGGCUCAGGGGGCUCUGAUGAUGGUUGAAUUGGAGGACAUCUCUUACCAGCAACAUUCCGAGGGACAAAAGAACCAAAUGGAUGAACAGUCUGAAGAGUCAGCUGAGCCCGUGUCUGAGAGAGCUGCUGACAGCAGUUCAGAAGAAGCAGAAAUUGAGGUGCCCGUAGUAGACAGGCGGACCUUACGAAGAAAGGCUAAAGGAUACAAAGGCCCACCUAAGAAAAAAGGGAAACUAAUUUGAACAGAAUUGUAGUCAACCUAAAUGGGAAUGAUUGCCAUUUUCAUUGUUUCU